GCAACAUAAAAGUCAGUAGGGACUAGGGUAUAUCUUUGGAAAGAACGAUUCUUGGACCCCAAUUCUAGCCUGGGACAGUAUAAACAGACUAAGGCAUCACCGGGGCACUCAUAUGGACCAAGUUUCGAGUUUUUUCGAGAAUAUCUUGACGGUGGACGCACCUCACCCCACGCCUUCACAUGCAAAAGGUGUGGAGAACAAAGACAAUGGGGUAGAUGAAGUUAAUGCUGAGGGACUGGACACUGAUGGAGUAGAUCUGUUGGUGGCAGAUGACCCCGAGGCUGCCAUUCCAACGUCACUUCGAGCUAAAAGUGACUCUUCCUAUGAUUUUAGUUCAUUUUGGCCAUCUGCUUUACAACAACAACUGGGCACUCAGGGAACUCAGGGAACUCAGGGAACCUCGGGAACCCAACCCACACCACUGGGGACACUGGCACCAAACUCUACACUGACUACAGACCAAUCCAAACCAUCAAGCUCAUUUUAUAACCUUGGAGUCAACCAAUCAGUGCUCACAGACAAACUUAUGGAAAAAAUGAUCUCAAUGGUUCUCCCCAUGAAUGCAUCCACCACCGAGGGUCAAACCAUCUUGAAGGAAAGAUUGGCCAUCCAAAAGACUCGUCCUUCACUUCUGGUCAAUGUUAUGAGUAAGAAUUCCAUUCAAUUGAACCGAAGAUUGUCGGUGGCGUUCCAAACGUUGGAUCAAAUCAUUCGAUUCUUUCUGUGGUGUAAUCCGGCUUUCACCAUGGGGGUGUUACUAGCAGCAACCCAUGUGAUUCUCCAACCCAUUCUCUUGACUGUAGUACCCUUCAUUUACAUUAUAGUUGGCAUUAUGGUGCCACAUUAUCUCGUUGUUUAUCCACCGGAUCGGUCGGUGACUCAAGGUAAUGUAUACUAUGAAUGUAAUCCUAUCCCAUCCGAGCUGGCCUUAGCACCACCAGAAGUCCCGCAUGCUAUCCCUGAAUUCUCAAGAGAAUUCAUUUUAAAUCUAACCGAUUUACAAAAUUAUAUGCUUCUUUAUGUGGUUGGGUUUGAUUUCAUCACUUGGAUCACUAGAGAUUAUCUUUAUUUCAAAGAGGAACAUAUCAGUAGCAUGGUUCUUAUCGGAUGUGUCUUUAUGGUUACUCACAACUUGUUUGUGUUACCUAAAGUUCUCCCCUGGUUAAUCCGUUGGACCCCAAUCAAAGUUCUUUUAAUUCUCAAUAUCUGGACCAUUACCAUUGCUCUUCACCCCCAUUUGAGAAAUAAGAUCUUGGAAUGGAUCUAUGACGAAGAUACAAGGUUAACUUGGUUGACUUUGGGGAAUAAGGUGGAUAGGAUCAUACAGGAGUGGGGGUUAGACUAUGAUACCCCCACUUCACCAGAAGAUGUCACUCAAGAGGUGGAAAUUUUUGAAUUACAACGUUUACAUAUGAAAACAAAAGUAUGGGAAUUGGUUGGAUAUAGUACCGAUUUCUACACCAUCAAUAGUCCACAUCGAAUCAUGAGUUUCCGAUUGAUGGAGGAACAAUCUCGAGAUGGUGAUGGACCCAUCACUGACGUCGUUGAAGAUGAUUUUCUCAAUUCAGAGACUUUGAAUGAUCCCACCACCACCACCACCACCGAUAGAUCACCCGCUGCACAAAAUCAGAGGAAAAUGUCACAUCUGUCGGAAGAUACAUCAAUUGUUGAAGAAGAGGAAUACUCACCACCGAUCCGUAGUGCUGCCUCCUUGUCCAGCAUCAAGGCUCCAAUAGACUGGGAAUUCUCUGAAUCUCCUUGGAAGUUGGAUUUGGACUCGUCUGCUUGGGUGGUUCAGAAUCUCUUGGAAGACGUGGUUGAUGUAGAUACAGAUGAAAAAUGGGUUUAUGACAUUUCAACAGAUCAAACGGAACUGGCGGACCACAACAAUGUCAAGGAGGAGGUGUUUAGACGCCGACGUUGGAUCCGGACAUGUACACGUCAGAAAAGAUUGGCAGGAGAAUUGCCCAACGUUGAUGGGGAAACUACAAGAGAAUCCAAGAGACUGUCACAGACUUUUUCUGGUUAUUUUAUGUAAAUAAAGGCAUCCCUCAACGAC